AUGAGGCACGAGGGCCUUAUUCCUCCCAAAGCUGCGAUGCGUGAAAUUAGUGCCAAUAUUCGAGAGAUUGUUGAGCGCCCUCCCGCCACGAGCUGCAGCCGCACCCACCCAAGAAAAUCGGCCCUUGGGAAAUCCUUGACAUAUCACAGACACAUUCCUCCUCCGACCUUCACGCUGGAUCCUCCCGAGCCCAAUCUGCACUCCGUGGUGACCAGCGCCCAUCACCGCCGUCGAUCCUCAAGCUCUCUGCCUCCGCUCCGCCUCGUCAAGGAAGAGCCGUCCUCCUCGACCGCGCGCGAGGCCUGGGGCCAGGGCAGCUCCUCCGGUCUCCCCGCCGGUCAUUCUGCGCGCCCUGCCAUAUCGACCCUCUCUCCAAUUCCUGGCACCCCCGCGAAUCCCCUGCCGUCGCCAAUGUCCCUGUCGCGGUCCCCUUCUCCCCUGCCCGGGGGAGGGUGGUCAAGCCCCGGAUUGACUCCGGCCAGCGGUUCCGUGAGCCCCCGCUAUGCUGGCUCAUUGAGCCCGGGGGGCAUCUCGUGGUCCGCUGCGAAGGCAAAGAGCGACGAGGUGCGCAGCUACCCGUCGUUUUCGACGAGGAAUUCGGGCUUCUUUUCGCGACAGAAGCGCAAAAUUUCCGCCAGCUUGCCCAGAUUCACGCUGUCGCAUGAUUAUCGAGAACAGGAGAAAAUCAAUCGCGGCCGGCCGUCAUAUACCUUCAAGGGACGCCUGGUUUCUUUCGUUGGGAAUGUAAUGCACAGGAGAAGGUUCAAGUUACUGUUUUCCUUAAUUGUUGGGUUUAUACUAUAUCUAAAUUUUUGGUCCGUCGUCGUCGAAUCGUACCGAGCAUCUGCAUUAGGAGGCGGGCGAAAGGUUGUGAUCAUGGUUGCGUCGAAUGUGGAGGGCGGUGUCAUGGAGUGGAAGGGUGCGCGCGAAUGGGCCAUUGAGCGAGUUAGCUUGUGGAAUAAAAGAAAGUACGCUAAGAAAUGGGGGUACGAGCUGGAGAUUAUGAACAUGGUUGCCCAGAAGCGGUAUGCUCACGAAUGGCGUGAGAGCUGGGAAAAAGUCGACCUCAUCAGGGAGACGAUGAAGAAAUAUCCCAAUGCGGAAUGGUUCUGGUGGUUGGACUUGAACACAUUUAUCAUGGAGUACACAUAUUCGUUGGAAAACCAUCUUUUCAAACACCUCGGCCCAUAUACAUACCGGGACAUUAAUUACUACAACCCUCUGAACAUCACACAUCCGCCAACAGACCCAUAUCUCGAUUCCCUGGCUCGAACUGCGACAGGUGAUUCCGAUCCCUCGUCGAUCAAUCUCAUCGUGCCUCAGGACUGUGGCGGGUUCAAUCUGGGCUCGUUCCUCCUCCGGCGCUCAGAAUGGACAGACCGACUGCUGGACAUGUGGUGGGACCCUGUCCUCUACGAACAAAAACACAUGGAAUGGGAACAUAAAGAGCAGGACUCUCUCGAAUACCUGUACGCGAACCAGCCAUGGGUGCGUACCAGCACGGCAUUCGUCCCGCAACGACGGGUCAAUUCUUUCCCUCCUGGUGCGUGUGGCGAUGGCACGGAUCUGGGCACUCACUAUCAGGAGAAACACCGCGAUUUCGUCGUCAAUAUGGCCGGGUGUAAUUGGGGCCGUGACUGCUGGGCAGAGAUCUACGGGUAUCGGGAGCUGAGCAACUGGCUCAAUCGCACGUACUGGGAGAAAUUCAAGGAUUUUUUCACCGAUCUUUGGAGAAAGUGGAGAGGCCAGAAGACAUUGUACGAGGAACAUCAUGAAUGGGUUCAAUGA